AUGAAGAGGUCUAAAGCCCUUGUCGACUACCGCAGCUCGAGCGAAGAGGAAUGUGUUGCUAAGGAACCUGUCAAAAUCAAAAAGAGGAAAUUACCCAGUCUCUCAUCUUCAUUAGUUCUGCCUGUCCCAAAAGACAAUCCUGCUCUACACCAAGGUCGUAUCCGCUCUACACCACACGUAGAAGGUCAAUGGGCCGUCCACGUCUAUGUACCAGUGUUAGUUGAACGAAAAUGUCCACUUUAUCAGCUUCUUCAAGAUGUACUGAAAGCAGCAAAAGAAAUUUCACCGGCUUUGCAAGCAGUAGCUGACGUGGAUGGGAUUGGCGAUAAAAAUGUCAUCGAGCUGCAUAUUUCUCUGUCACGACCCAUAUUCGUGCGCGCAUAUCAAAGGGAGGAAAUCAGACGAUGCGUAAAACGUCUCGCCCAAUCGAACCUUCCUUUCAAAGUUUCUUUCAGUUCGUUCUCAGUGCUGACGAAUGAUGAGAGAACGAGGACGUUCUUGGCGCUCGACGUCGGGGGUGGUUUUCCUGAGUUAAAGUCCCUUGCACAAGGCUUAACACCGACUCUGGAGACUUUACGUCAAAAGGUAUAUUACGCCGAACCUCAAUUCCAUGCAUCCAUCGCCUGGGCAUUGCUCAGUACGCCAACAUUGGGACAGAUCCUAGAAUCUUCUAUAACCGAAACGCCAACGCCUCAAGAUGUGUGUACUUUACGAGCCAACUCUGCCUCAACCUUAGACGAGGGACUUGACCUGGUCAUGAUGUCGACUGCCAUGGAUUUUCAGAGAAUCCCUGGGCUCCCUGAAUCCUUAAUCACCACCUUGAACGACGAAUACGCAACUCUUCUGUGCUCGAACCGUGUAAGUGCCUUCGAUGUGCGAAGGCUCAAUGCAACAAUCGGGAAAGAGGUGUUUUCAUGGCAGUUUGAGGGUGGCUAG